AUUUAUUCUAUUGCGUGCACAGUAGUUUUGAGGUUACGUUCGACAACAAGUUCAAUUUAGUGACUCCGUUGGUGAUUUGUAACGGAAAUGAUCCACAUGAACUCGAGCUCCUCAGAUGCGGUUUUCUAGAAAUCGAAUCUGCUUCCUGAUCGGAUGGCAGGAGAUGCAGCAAUAUCGCCGCUCGUCAGCCUCGCAUGCACCAAUCUUCGCCCAUCAGUCUCACCACCUUGGAUUACGUUGUUUCUUCCUCAAUUAUUACUUCUCCGUCACCGCCACUACAGAACUAGCUACAGUGGACGCUUGAGGCUUGUCACCGUCCAACGUGCAAAGCAGUUGAAUGGUUCACUGGGGGAAGAAGAAUUGGAGAAUGAUGAAGCUUUCUCUUAUAGCAGCGACGCGAUUGAGGAAGAAUACGAGAGUGAUGAAGAGGAUGACACGGAGAGCAGUGUUGAUUUGCUAUUCAGAUUCCUUCACAGGAUGUUUAAGAAGGUCUCCAAGCGUGUUAGAAAGGCCUCUCAUUCCGUCCUACCAUCUGUAGUUCCUCCACAGCUGGUUUCUUUUGUAGUUGAUGGGGUACUUCUUUUGGCUUCACUUUCUACCCUGAAGGCCCUUCUUGAGGUGGCCUGCACCAUUGGAGGCACUGUAUUCGUGGUAAUCCUCCUCCUACCUGCGAUUUGGGCAACUACUUCCUACUUUCAAGCAAGUGGGGGUAAUAAUUUCAGCCAAAGUGGCACUUCCUAUGGUAGAACACAACCAGUAACAUAAUCUGUAACUCUCUGGAGCCAUCUCCAUCUCUUUUUGUAACGCUUUUAGUCCUUUGAGGUUUGUAUAGUCGUAGAAGAUUUAGAAAAACAUACUCUGGCUUGCAGUGUCGCAAACUAGAUUUGCAUCUUUAAUUUAAUGGCUUUACCUGAGUAAGAACCGUGGCGUGGCCCUUUGCUUUAUCCUUGCAAAUUUAAGGGUCUUUGUUUGUCAAUUGGAAGUCGAAUGAGUCAAAUGCUAAGCAUGGGAUUUGCGAGGCGGUAUGACCCUACCUACUUUCUCCUUCUU